AUGGGCGUUUUCGCCUUUUCGAACUAUAAAACCCUCUCCUUCCCCUCACUUUUUGCCUUGGCAGCCGAGUGGAGAUCGGCACUCCUCAAUGCUGGGUAUCGCGUCUCCUUUUCCCACGCAGCGCUGAGUUCUAUCAAGACGGAUGCCCCAAUAUCCUUCAUCUGGGACGUAAUGUGCGCGUGGAAACGCAAGUACGAUGCCGAUGUGAAGGCAAAAGACGGUUCUACAUCUCCGACACGAACAUUACCAUUGGUAGAAGAGGAUAAUGAUAAAAUGAAGGAUGAUGAAAAGGCAGCAAAAGAACAGAAACAAAAGAAGCAUGGCAAAAAGCAACCACCUAGUGAGACGAAUCUUCGCAUUGUCAAUAGGCUGAUGUCGCGCCCACCAAAUCCAACAGUCUCUUUCAAUCUCCACCCCGAUGCCAACCCUCCCUCACGGGCUAGUCGACUUUUGAGGCAAGUCGCAAUACUACUAUCUACUAUUAAGUUGAAGAUACCAGGUGAACCCCGCGCCCAACUGGGGGCCCAAAGCUCGCCCCCCACGGAGCACAAUGAGUCGCGAUGA